CAAAUAAUUCCGUUUAUAGCCAAAGCAAGCAGACAUUGAAAAUAAAGGUUUUGACACAGUACUAAUGGCUGCCAUAGUGCUUUCCAUAGUAUUGUUGAUGUUACUAUUGUGUUUUUUGUGUGUCAUUUCUCUUAUGAGACGAAGUCAUCAAAGAAAACUAAGAGCAGCUAAAGCAAAGGGUGUACAAAAACAGUCUUUCAAUAUAUCGACUCCAGGAACAAACAUGCAUGUUAAUGAAGGCUCUAACCCAAUUUGGUUGGAUCUUUGCGACGCCUGGAAAACAGAAAAUGAUCAAAACAGUAACACAUCCAAGAUUUACGAGUCGAAGGCAUUAUCCAUGGCGACGUUUCGCGAUGUUGUAAGCGAUAUCCCCUCAGUACGAACAUUUGAUAAUCCGUCCGUCAAAGGAACAGUGGGUGAUGAUGGAAUAUUAGAUUUAGAAAUGAAUGAUGACAACGAGGAGGGAGUGACGAGUAUUUAAAAA